CUUCAUCUUUUAUUUAGUUUCAAUGGGUCAAACACAAAAAUACAACCAUGAAUUUUCAAACAUCAAUCUCUUAUAAACAUAAAACACAAACAUAGCCAUAAAAAAAUAGCUUGAAACAUUUAAAAAAAUAAAGAAAAACAAGUUUUUCUUGGUUUCCCAUUUGUAUAUUAUUCUUUCCUUAAACAAAACUUCCAUUUCUGUCCUCUCGCCUUGAUUAAAUCCUUAUUCAUAUGUCAAGUCCUUUUAAGUGAAAAACCAGCUCAUUCCAUAUUGCCAAAAAAACCAAAAUUCCAACAAAAAAAAAGAAAACAACAACGAUGGCAGCUGAAACAGGCUCUGCUACUUUAUUUCCAAUCAAAACAGUUGUUGUUUUGGUUCAAGAAAACCGUUCCUUUGACCACAUGUUAGGCUGGUUCAACACUCUAAACCCGGUAAUCGAUGGCGUGACAGGAUCCGAAUCCAACCCCAUUUCCACCUCGGACCCCAACUCCACCCAAGUCACCUUCCAAGACAACGCUGGCUACGUUGACCCUGACCCUGACCACUCUUUUCAAGCCAUUUAUGAACAAGUAUCAGGCAAACCAUGGGAUGCCAACAACCCGGAUCCGAACCCGGAGAUUAAAAUGAAUGGUUUUGUACAAAACGCCGAACGUACAAAGCCAGGGUUGUCCGAGACUGUCAUGAAUGGGUUCAAACCGGAGACCAUUCCGGUGUUUAAGGAGUUGGUGACGGAGUUCGCGGUGUGUGAUCGGUGGUUUGCGUCGAAUCCGGCGUCGACGCAGCCUAAUAGGCUUUUCGUACACUCAGCUACGGCGCAUGGGGCCACCAGCAACAACACACAGCAGCUUAUCGAAGGGUUUCCUCAAAAAACUAUAUUUGAAUCAUUGGAAGAGAAUGGAUUUAGCUUCGGGAUUUAUUAUCAAUCUUUUCCAUCUACUGCUUUUUACAGGAACCUUAGGCAAUUGAAAUAUGUGGACAAUUUCCAUCAAUAUGAUCUAAGCUUCAAGCGGCACUGUGAGAAAGGGAAGCUACCAAAUUAUGUGGUGAUUGAGCCGAGAUAUUUUGACAUUUUAACAGCUGCUGCAAAUGAUGACCACCCUUCCCAUGAUGUUUCGGAGGGCCAGAGGCUUGUGAAGGAAAUCUAUGAGGCACUUAGAUCAAGUCCCCAGUGGAAUGAAAUCUUGUUCUUGGUUAUAUAUGAUGAACAUGGUGGUUUUUAUGACCAUGUCCCGACGCCUACCGGCGUCCCUAGUCCGGAUGAUAUUGUUGGUCCUGAGCCUUAUAAUUUCAAGUUUGAUCGCCUUGGUUGCAGGGUUCCGGCCAUUAUGGUUUCUCCAUGGAUUGAGCGUGGAACAGUGCUGCAUAGACCAUCAGGGCCAGAUCCUACAUCAGAGUUCGAGCAUUCCUCAAUUGCAGCAACACUUAAAAAGAUUUUCAAUCUCAAAGAAUUUCUAACAAAGCGGGAUGCAUGGGCUGGUUCCUUUGAUAUUGUUGUGAAUAGAAGCACCCCAAGAACAGAUUGUCCAGAAAAAUUGCCUGAGCCUGUGAAAAUGAGAGACACUGAUGCAAACGAAACCGCGAAACUAAGCGAUUUUCAGGAAGUACUAGUACAAACAGCAGCAGCAUUGAAUGGAGAUUACUCGAAAGACAUUUAUCCAUUCAAACUUGUUGAGAACAUGACAGUCUCAACUGGUCUCAAGUAUGUUGAAGAUGCCUUCAAGAAAUUCUGUGAUGAUGGGAAGAAAGCAAAGGUAAUCAAUGGAGCAGAGGAUUCUGUCUCUGCUGAUGCACCUACUAGGACAACUACCAAAACUUUCAUGCAGAAACUCUUCUCUUGUUUGGUCUGUGAUAACUGAUUCCCAGUUUCUAUCAGUCUUUUUCUACAUGUUAUGCAUUAUAAUUUUGUGCUGCAAUUUGAAGAAAUUUGGGAUAUUUUUGAAGGACCAUUUUUUUUUUUUGCUCUACUUUCUUCUCCCUAACCCAAACUUCUUUUAAAAAAAAAAGAUUUCUUGGCUUUUUAUGUAACCCUUGUUGUAUUUAUAAUAUUUAUUGUAAUCAAAUGUAUUGUAAGAUUUAAAUUGUUUGGCACAUUUCAAUGUACU